AAUUUGUUUUGGUUUUCCUAAGCAAAGAAAAAGAAUUACUUGGACAGCAAUGGCCGACUGCAAAUGUUUGCAGGUUGAGCAUGUGCCUCAUCAUACAUGCUUCUUUGCUCUGCCCCACUGCCCAUAUCAUCACAUGUUUCCAAUGGCUGCUCUGCAACUUACGAUUGUAUUGGUUAUGUUCGUCUUCCUUCAACUAUUCUCAGGUGCUCGUUCGUCGACGUUUACCAUCAUAAACAAAUGCAGCUAUACAGUUUGGCCAGGAGUGUUGUCAAGUGCUGGAAUCCCACCACUUUCACCUACAGGUUUUGUUCUUCAACAAGGAGAAUCGAAAUCUAUCGAUGUUCCGACAUCUUGGUCAGGUCGGUUAUGGGGUCGAACUCUUUGUACCCAAGACUCUUCUGGCAAAUUCACUUGUCUCACUGGAGACUGCGGUUCGUCUACGAUAGAAUGCUCUGGUGCUGGUGCUAUCCCUCCUGCAACCCUUGCGGAGUUUACAUUGAACGGAGCUUCGGGAUUGGAUUUUUAUGACGUUAGCCUUGUGGAUGGAUACAAUUUACCAAUGAUGGUAUCUCCACAUGGUGGUAAAGGAGGUAAUUGUAGUUCAGCCGGAUGUGAUGCGGAAUUGAACAGUAACUGCCCUUUGGAACUUAAAGUUGUCGAUGGGAGUGAAGGAGUGGCUUGUAAUAGUGCAUGCAAUGCUUUCGGCGACCCGAAAUAUUGUUGCAGUGGCGCUUAUUCGACUCCCAAUACGUGUAAGCCGAGCUCGUACUCGAAAUUCUUCAAGACAGCAUGUCCUACUGCUUAUAGCUAUGCUUAUGACGAUGGAACCAGUACCUUUACUUGCGCUGGUGCUGAUUAUGUCAUUACUUUCUGCCCUACUACACCUUCCGCAAGUCUCAAGACCUCCGAUCCCAUGGCGGUCGAUGUCUCAGCUAGUUCCCGGUCUACUUCAUCAGCUCUCAUUGUCGGUGUCAUAACCAGUUUGGCCAUAAUAUGGCAGUUCUGGCAUCUCUUUUAACAAUGCCGAGCUGCCAACCGACAACAUUCAGGACCUCAACUAUUUGCAAACUAAUCGGAAACCGAGUGAAGAUCAACAGUUGGCCACACAAUCUAAAACCAUCCAAUGAUAUCACAUAAUCACCGGCCUGCAUUUUCUUUCCAACUAGAAAACCAGUGUAAUAUAUAAGUACAAAAGAUAGAAAACAUAUAUAUCAGACAUUAUUAGAGGCAGGCAAGAUAGAGGCAUAUUUUUCAAUCGAUUAUUAGACAUAAAUUGCAGGAAAAAGACAAUGAUUAGUUGGCUAUGGCUAAGGUUAAUGUUUUGUUACCGUAGCCUACUAAUGCCAAAGGAGAUGAGUUCAUUUGUCUCUAUUUGUUCUUUAAGAAAUGCAAUUAUUUAAUGAUUUGUUUAGUUUAAGAUA